UCGUCACAUCAGCCAAGUUCAUUGUGGCUUGUAUGCGUUAUAGCUUUAUCUUACCACCUGACCGAGAGUAACGGGUCUGACCCGUUGUUUUAAAGCUCAAGGCUCUACAGCCUGUAAAUAUAGACACGUUUUAGGCUGCUGUGCAUGUGUUUUCUUUAACACAAUAGGCGGAAAAAAACAAUUUGGUUAGGUUUCAUCGGACUCAGAGACUUGAUGGUAUAUUUUUUCCAUUACACAGGCUUAGUUAAGGGUUGUCGUUUCUAAAGUGCUUCGCUCAGUGCGCUUGUGUACGCUUACCAUGUCUCACAAAAGUUGUUACUCAAACCCAGGUACAGGGGGCAAGCGACCCCGAAACGACACGGGGAACAAGGUGACAGUUGUACUUGGGGCACAAUGGGGAGAUGAAGGGAAAGGAAAAGUUGUCGAUUUGUUGGCUACAGAGUCAGACAUAAUUUGCAGAUGCCAGGGCGGUAAUAAUGCUGGUCAUACCGUGGUUGUGGAAGGGAAGGAGUAUGACUUCCACCUCCUACCCAGCGGGAUCAUCAACUCGAAAGCUCUUUCUGUGAUUGGCAAUGGUGUGGUUAUUCAUUUGCCAGGCUUGUUUGAAGAAGCAGAAAAAAAUGAAAAGAAAGGCCUUAAAGACUGGGAGAAGAGGCUGAUAAUCUCAGAUAGGGCCCACAUUGUGUUUGACUUCCACCAGGCAGUAGACGGGCUCCAGGAAGUACAGCGACAAGCACAUGAUGGGAAAAAUAUUGGAACGACAAAGAAAGGCAUUGGACCGACCUACUCAAGCAAAGCAUCGCGUACCGGGCUGCGUAUCUGUGACCUCCUAGAUGAUUUCAAAGAGUUCUCUUUAAGGUUCAAGAACCUUGCUCAACAACACCAUGCCAUGUUUCCCACAUUGGAGGUGGAUGUCGAUGGUCAGCUGAAGAAAUUAAAGGAAUAUGCUGAGCGGAUAAGACCCAUGGUAAGAGACGCUGUCUAUUUCAUGUACGAGGCUAUUAAUGGACCCCCUAAGAAGAUUCUGGUGGAGGGAGCCAAUGCUGCCCUGCUUGAUAUUGAUUUUGGUACAUACCCAUUUGUGACAUCAUCAAACUGCACCGUGGGUGGUGUGUGUACAGGACUGGGCAUCCCUCCUCUGAAUAUCGGUGAUGUGUAUGGGGUGGUGAAGGCAUACACCACCAGAGUGGGUAUCGGGGCAUUCCCCACGGAACAACUCAAUGAAGUUGGAGAGCUGCUGCAGACGCGAGGCCACGAGGUGGGCGUGACCACUGGCAGGAAGAGACGCUGCGGUUGGCUUGAUCUGGUCAUCCUGCGUUAUGCCAACAUGAUCAACGGCUUUACUGCGUUUGCAUUAACCAAACUUGAUAUCCUUGACGUGAUGGAGGAAAUCAAAGUGGGAGUGUCUUAUAAGCUCAAUGGAAAAAAUAUUCCAUAUUUUCCAGCUAACAUGGACGUCCUGCAGAAAGUGGAGGUGGUGUAUGACAAACUGCCUGGCUGGAAUUGUGACACCUCAUCGUGUAGGAAGUGGGAAGAGCUGCCAGUGAAAGCCCAGAACUACAUCCGCUUUAUAGAGAAUCACGUUGGAGUGCCUGUCAAAUGGGUUGGAGUGGGCAAGGCCAGGGAGUCUAUGAUCCAAAUAUUCUAGGACACCACCAGACCUUUUUAUCCUUCCUCUGUCCUUUCUCAGUGAAGAUUUGAGGUACCUUGUCUUUAUCUACUCUGCUAAGAUUUCCUCUAAUAAUGAUGCUCCUAUUGUUGAGCGAUUGCCACAGCCUCACAGACACCAGCUCAUGUCCACUAGGUUUGUACAACCGCCAUGCGACAUCUCCUACAUACUGUUCAAGAAGCACAAUAAAGUUCUGAAGAAUCCACACAUUUUAAUGUUGUCAGAGUAUGUUUACUAUGUGACUCUUUACAAACGCUGAACUUGUCUUAAGUGAGUUCAAAUAUAUUUAAUGUCCCAAUUCUGUUCUUUGCAAUUAUACAACAUCCAAGUGAAUUUUUUGCGGUUCAAGCAUUAUUAAUCAUUAUUAUUGUGAGAUGGUAAGGCUCAGGACGUUACAGGCUUUGGUAAAAAAAUAUGCUGAUUGACCACAUGGUGGUGCUAGAAAACAAUUAAUUCUGGAGAAUGUGUAAACUCAUGCACCUCACCUUGAGAAGUUAGUCUGUACAUUGCUUCAAGGACUCUUAAAUGUUGCAAUGAUGCAUUUUGAACCAUUAAGAAUUGUAGAAAGCACUUUUAAAAUGCUGUUCUGUCAUUUUAUAACCAAUCUGCAAAAAAUCCAAAUGCUGAAUUUUUCCUGACUACCAUGUGAAACAACAUUGACCCUACCGACCAGUUAACAUUCAUGUGGUUGUGUGCUUGCUCAAAAAUGCAUAAAAAUCAGGAAAAGAUGUUCAUGUUGUAACAAAACGUGGCACAGAUGUUCCAAAGUCUCAACACAUGCAGACAUGUUUAGAUCGAUCACACAGCAAUUUUGCUAAUUUUCCUGGAAAUGUAAACAUGUGAAGAGUGAUUUAAUUUGGCCAAAAUGGUGGUGUUGUUGGAUAGGAUAAAUAAUUAAUGCAAGCUCACAUUGUGGCCAUUAAGUUUGAGCAAGUAAAUAAUACCAUUUGAAGAUUUGCGCCAUAAUUCUGUAUGAUAUACACCUAAUUGACAUUCAAGUUUGGUGGAAAAUAUGUUUAAAGGAGUCAGCAUAUUUGAAAAUGGUCCCAAAUACAUCAAAGCGUAUUCUUUUUUUUUCUGCAUGACAUUGAGUUCUUAUAUUUAGCAUGGUAGCAUGGUAAAGGGUUCUCAAAGUAGGUCAUCAUAGGACAGUGUCCAAUUUAUCCUGAUGGUGGAGCAAUGGGCCCACCGCGUGAACCCUGGCAUUGCUGCGUUCAGCUAUAUUUUGGAUUUCAUAUAGCUUUCAUUUCAGCUAAACUAUGUUGUUCAGACUUUAGAGAACUGUGCCUGAUACUUGUAUGCUGAAAUGGAAUUACAGAUGAUGUGUAAAACUGUUUUGAACAAUUCAGUGUGCUAUGGUCAGAAUUAGGCAAUUCGUUUCUGCUACCUAAGAACAAUAGUGAAUUAUACUCCACAUUAUGUUUUUGGAUACUGUUUUUCGCUUGUGUCACCCAUUUGGUGAUAUGAAACAAAUAGUGUAUUUAUAAUCAGGUAAAUAUCCGUCCCUAUGUUUUUCUUAAUAUGAUGUCCCUAAUUGAUACAGUACUGUAACAGCUGUGAAUGGAGAUUUUUAAGAAGUGGAAAUCUGAUUUGCAAAUAAAUGUAUAUUGCACACAUUGA